CAAAGACACACACACACAUGCUCCUCACCAUGGAAACGCUCCUCACCUCUGGGUUGUCGUGGAGACACUCCUCACCUGGACAGUAGACUCCGCCCUGCAUUAACCGGAAUUAUAUAGUUUAGCCAAUCAGACACCUGGCGGCUGGAUGGAAUAAGGAAGUAAUCUGCAUAGGCUAAUCCUAAUCCACAGACAAAGGCAAUUUUAAUCGGAGGUCUUCUCGGCAGGCUGGGCUCGUCUGGCUGGACCUGUAGGAUUGAUCCAGCAAAGAUUGGAGGAUACCCAAAAUCUAUUUCUCCAAUAGGAAUCCCAGAUCACGCUUGUGACAGCACACACAUGGAUCUAAUCUUCCUCUCUCCCAUUGACCUCAAUACAACCACAUGGUGAUCUGUUCAACUACCCCUGUUCUGUAGUUGUUCAUGGAAGUAAUUGUUGGAUGUGCCACUAAGUUUAAACCCUCUCUGACUCUCUACCAACUACAGGUAGUAACCGGCUUUUGCACAGAAGGCUGUAGUGAAUGGAGGUGGAUGGAAGCGCCUUUGAUGUGGUUUAGAUAAUCUAUUGUUUGCUUUUGACUGUCUGGUGGCAUGUUCGGCAGUGUGAAGAAAAUCAUCUCUCUGUUUGAGACUCGACGGCAGCCUCGCCCCCUCUCUCUACCUCCUUCCCUCCCUCCAUCUCUCUCUCCUUCUCUUCCUGCAUCUGUUUCUUCACCUCUUCCCCAAUCCCUCCCUUCCUCCCUAUCCCCUCUCAGGUCCAGUAAAAAAGCCCCCCAGUCCCCCUUAAAAAGACACUCCUCUCCUUCUGCCUCCCUCUCCGGCUGCCCUUCCUCCGUCUCUGGCUGCCCUUCCUCCCUCUACCCUCAGACCAAACCCAGACCCCCCCUUAACCCCCCACCUGUCCACCAACCACUACAACUUCCUGCUAGAUGGAGAGUAGGAGAAGACGGCAGGGAGGGAGUGAGUGAUACGGGUUGGGGUCAUGGAGGGCUGAGAGGUCGUGGGGGGGUCAGGGUUAGGAACUCAUGGCCGAGUGGACGGCAGGAGCUUCAGAUAAGAAACCAAACAUCUGUCACCAUGGAGAUUCCACAACACUUUUGGACCGCAACUAAACCUCAACUCCAGACCACUACUCAACCCCAACCUCAACCCCAGACCACUAUUCAACCCCAGACCACUACUCAACCUGAACAUCAACCGCAGACCACUACUAAACUCCAGACCACUACUCAACCUCAAACUCAACCCCAGACCACUACAAAUCCAAAACCUCAACCGCAGACCACUAUUCAACGACAACGUCAACCCCAGACCACUGUUCAACCCCAACCUCAACCCCAGACCACUACUCAACCACAACCUCAACCGCAGACCACUAUUCAACCCCAGACCAAUACUCAACCUGAACAUCAACCGCAGACCACACCUAAACCUCAGACCACUACUCAACCCCAGACCAAUACUCAACCAAAACCUCACCCGCAGAACUCUACUCAACCCCAGACCACUACUCAACCCGAACAUCAACCCCAGACUCCUUCUAAGUCUCAACCUCAACCCCAGACCAAUACUCAACCCCAACCUCAACACCAGACCCUGGCCCCGCUCCCAUCCUGGUCGCUGUGUCUGAAGGGUACACCUUCUGUCCGGAAUGCUGAGGCAGCCCUGCUGCUCUUCUGCCACAGUGGCUCCAGUAGCAGUAAAAUUGCAAUUGACAACAAGAUUGAGCAAGCCAUGGACUUGGUGAAGAGCCACCUGAUGCUGGCUGUGAGAGAGGAGGAGGAGCUACUGAGGAAGCGGAUCAACCAGCUGUCAGAGAGAAACGCCCAGCUGGAGAGAGAGAACUACAUACUGAGAGCACUGAGAGACAGACAGAGACACUAACACACUCAUCCACACUCACACAUACACAAAGAGAAGUUAAUAGUAUUAGUACAUGCCUUUCAUUUUCUAUUUAAAGGGGUGUUUUGAUUAGUCCUGUAAAAUGUGUAUUUAUAUUUAACCUUUAUGUACCCAGAAGGUGUUAUGGCGGCGCCAGUGGAGGGAAUUUCAAAAGUGAGCAGAUCCUGCUAAAUAGAGUCAAUGUAUUAACAGUGAAAACUACAAGAAACGCGUGAGCUGUCAUUCGGGACGCUUCCUCAUAACAUAACAGAGUCGCCCAAAGAUAAAGACCCAGACUGGUGACCUAAGAUGACCAGAGUAGGUCCCCUGCAGCAGCGUCCUCUAGCAGGGUGCAAUGACCCAGACAUCCGACUGGUCCCAAUGCCUGCCCCGGUGCCCCUGGUCCCCGCUAGCCUCCUGCGGUGCCCGGAACUGGACCUGUCUCUCCCCCUCAGCCCAGACCCGCCACGACCCAACCCAGCUAGCCUGCUGAGAGGACGCAGCCACCGGCAGGUGCGAUUUGCCUCCGAGGAGCCUGUGGUUGUCACGGUGAUAGCAGAGCCUAGCAAAGACCCUCCACCUUGGCAAUGCCCAGGACACUCCAGCAGUUACUCAAAGGGGAAAAGACUCCAUGGUGGAGAUAUGUGUUGGAGGGCAAGGUCAGCAACCAAUGAGGAGGCUCCCUGUGAGGAGAGGGGUGGCAGCCUCCCUGAAGGGGUGGAGUUAAAUACUACUCUGGCUCUGAGGGCUGAGCUAGAUAACGUGGCAGGGGCAGAGUUUAACUCCCAGAAGGCUGUGCAGGAGCAACUACAGAAGUCACACAGAACAAAGAACAGCAUCAGCGCCCGGGCUACAGAGGGGGUGAACGUCCCUCCAUCCCAGCACCUCUACAGGGCAUUGGUCAAUGUGAAUGUGGAGGAGGAGGAGCUUAUCAGCCAGGCUCUAUGUGACAGGCUUCAGCUGGUCUCGCCCACAUGCAGCCAUGGCAACAAGAAAGAGGACAGUCCUGACCUGCAGGUUUUCUUCAGGGGGGAUCUGCUGAGAGAGAAGCCCCUCCUACCAGGGGAGGAGAUUACCAUACCACGCCCCCAGCCCAUCCCACGCCCCGCAGACACAACCUUCGACCUCUACCACAGACACACAUGCUGGGAGGCUGGACCCUGACACACACACUUACUCUGAACCUCUAGACUGAAAGGCCCUGUCCCAAAACUUAAGAAGAGCAUUAUCCCUUCUUUCCCUCCCUACCUCCGUCAUUCUCAGAUAUAAAUAUUAUAUUUUAAACUAAUUUAAGAUAUUAAAGGAAUGAACCUGUA